ACAUCACAUAUUUACCUUUUUUGGUGAGAGCAUGCAAGUUCUAUUCUCUUAACCUUUUUUUAAUGCUUUAGAAAUGGCCUUUUGUUUUAAAAAAAAAUUGACCCUAUUUGAACGGUUGAUAGGAAAUAAGAUGAUUUGUCUUUUGUGUUUUUGUGUACCCUAGAAAUCUUCAUCAGACAGCUUCCUGUUUCCUGAGAGUCAUUAUGUGAUCAGCUACAGGGAUGAAAGUCUUCAAGGUGAUAGGAAGGAUGGUCAUCCUCACCUCUGUGUUUUUGGCCUGUUCUGGGCAAAAUCCAAUGACUGUACUCUGUUCUAUUGACUGGUUCAUAGUUACAGUACACCCCUUCAUGUUGAACAGCAGCAUAUAUAUACACUUACUUGAGUUACAAUUGGGUCUGGGUUGCCCUGCCAACCAUGUUCAGCCACAUAUCUAUAAGUUUACCUACUACGUUACAGAAUGUGCCAUCAGGGCUAUCUCUCAAAAUAUGGUUAUGUAUAGCGCUAAGAUACACUAUGCUUCAAAGUCUGCCUCAUCUAAAUACACAAUCCCAGUGUCAUGCACUGCCCUUAAGCACUCCCCAUGGGUCACUACUCCCUAUUCUGUGAAAGAAGCCAGCAAGAUAGGAACCAUAACCCAGGAUGGUGAGACAGGCUAUGAGGUGUUCACCUGGUCACAGUCCAGACAAAGGCCCAGCUGCGAUUAUCCACCUUGUGUCUUCAAUGAAGGAGAGCAUAUCCAGGCCCAAUAUCACCAAGCAGGAGCUCAGGAGGGCCAUUCUGCACAGUCAUCUUUCUUUGUGGAUAUUUCCAAGGAUUGGUCCCUUUGCUCAGAUGAUCUACUUGAGUCCACGUGAUCCCAGUUUGGGGUCUCCUGUUGAUUCUCCUUCUAAAAUUAGUAUAUAAUAACUACUAAUAUCAGGAAAAUGUGUCCUUGUGGCCCUCCUAUGAGGGCUUAUGAGAAAUGACAGCCUGUGUUAACUUUGUGAAUACAGUUUUUUU